AGAGGAAGAAGAAGAAGAAGCAGUGUCUCUUCUGGUCGCGCCAUGGCAGAUGUGCCUGACCCUUUCGUGUUAAACCGCGAAUAUAGCAACGACCAGCGAUCGCCAACGCUCUCGCGCAGGCCAGACAAGCGUCAACCCGCGUACACCACGAAGUUGGACGCCAAUGCAGACGCCAAUGCAGACGCCAAGGCAGAUGCCAAGGCGGUGGUCAUGGCCACCGAUAUCUCCCGCGACUCGUCCAAGUCCGCCGGUGCCCAUAUGCGCUCGGCCCAGGCGCACAGCUUCUGGAGCAUGUACUACCCCCUCGCGGCGCGCAUAAAACCCACACGGUACUUCACAGUGACCGACCUGGCGGGAGCCGUGGCCACUAUCCUGGCCGCUGGAGUGGUCAUCCUGAGCCUGGUUAUGAUGACCACCGAUCUCCCUGGUGACGGAGUGCACCAAGUGCUCGUCAGUGGCCCCUUUGGUCGCGUCCAGGGACUCAGCCUCAAGGUUCUUGGUCACACGGACGUGUACGCCUUCCUGGGGGUGCCGUACGCGCACCCUCCUCUCGGAGAGCUGCGAUUCCGGCGCACCUUCCUUGAAUACGACUUCGGCCAGGGUUCGGUGAUUGAUGCCACGGUGGCCAAGCCCGCGUGUGAGCAGAGGGCGCUGGACGACGAUCCGCUGUCGACUGUGUCCGAGGACUGCCUGCACCUCAACAUCUGGACGACGUCGCGAGAGUGCCUCUCUCCUCAGUGUGCCAACAAGAGCGUACUUGUCUUUCUCCACGACGGUUCUUUCCAGACAGGCGGCAACAGAGACCCGCUAUACGACGGAAAGUAUUUGUGUGGCCUUGGCGACGUGGUUGUCGUGGUGCCCAAUUACCGCUUGGGCGCGCUGGGCUUCUUGAACAACGGCAGCUCCGCAGCUCCCGGCAACGUGGGCCUCUACGACCAGCUGUUGGCGCUUGAGUGGACGCGCCACAACAUCGGCAGGUUUGGCGGCAACAGCUCAAACUUGGUGCUAGUCGGCUACGGCUCCGGCGCAGCGGCCGCCGGCUAUCUGCUUGCUAGCCAGGCCGCCGGCGCGCACGAAGCAGGCGUGGUGCCCAGACGGGUUAUCCUUAUGAGCGGAAGUCCUCUGACUAGAUAUCCCGACAACACUGAGACGGCGGGCCGGCACGUGAUCGAGCAAGCCAAGAGGAUGCGCUGUCUGAACUCAGGCGAGCCGGACUUUAAGUGCAUGCUCGAGGCGGGUGCGUCGCUGAUCGUCCAGACGGCCGCACCUCCGCUCUUCUUCCCUUCUUUCACGGGGCUCAUUCCCUUCCCUCCCCGAGAGAUGCUGCAAAACGAAGAGAAUCGCAUAGCAGGCAUUGAAAUCCUCCUCGGCCACAUGGACAGCGAAAUGGUGCACGCCGUGCAGACUGGUGUGGACAGUGUCACUUCGUCCAGCAACGAAACAGUGGCCGCCUUCGAGCUCUUCCGUUCACUCGGCCUCAACAUUUCCGCAGUUGACGCCAUCAUCGAGAGAUAUAAGAAGGAGUACAGCUGGGAGGCGACGGAGGUGUUACACCGGAUGCUCGAGGACUUGCUGGUAGCGUGCCCCGUUCGUGAAUUCAGUCAAAUUCUGGACUCGAAGGGCGAAAAUCGCAUCUUCCGCUACCUCAUCUCAUCCACGGCCACUGGUCCGGCGGUCAAGGCGGGCGACAUGCUGCGGCUGUUGUUCGGAAAGCCCUUCCUACGACCGCUUGAGCACGACAGCAUGCGGCCCGCUAGUGAGCAAGUCAUCAACCUUUGGACGAGCUUCGCCAGGACAGGGAGUAUCCCUGACAUCAAUGGGCUCAUCUUAGGCCGGUUUACUUUCCGCAUAGGCCGCGCAAGGAAAAAGGAUGACGACAUAUUGGACAGUCGUAAGGAAUACUGCGAGUUUCUAAAGGAAGUUGACGUGCAAUGACGCAUCAAAUCAAGCAAUAGUGAAGAUGCGUAGAGAGGGCGGUGAUCGGCAGAACGCUCUUGAUGUGUCCAUGUGCGUGUGUUUUCCGAGUGUACACUAACAUCACUCAACACGUUUACAACCUGAGAAUGCGUACUGUUUCUACAAACAUUACAAUUCUGAACAAGAGCACAAGGUCAUGAGUUCAGGUCCCAACAAUAGCCACAUACCAAUAGGAGCAAACAUGGCUAAAGAAAUGAGGUUUUACGUGGGCUUAGUAUGGGAAAGAGUAAAUUAAAGUAUUUAUUUAUUUGUU